UGGUAGAUAUAAGAUAUUUGUCGUUAAUGUGAUUUAACCAAAUAUAGCACUUAUAUGACCCCUGGCGCGUCACGGAAUAAUCAACUAUUUUAAAGUCAGCGUCUCACAGCACUGUUUUCUCUAAGCACCGUUCAGUUUUUCUCAGUAACUGAUUCAGUCCGUUUAAAUCCAAGUUAGAGCUUAUCAACAAAGGAUUUAAAAAUAAUCACAUUGUUGACUAAUAUAAGCGUUCAAAACAAAAUGAAUAGCGAUAUUUUCUUGAUAAAAUUAACACUUCUAUCGUGUUUCUUGUUAAUUUCUGGAAAUGCUAUAGAUAAAAUAAAUAGUUUAGACCCACCACCACAUGGAGAAAUAGCCUUAAUGGCUAGAUACAUUGUUCAUAACACUGGUUGGGUAUCUGUAGCUACGAUCUCUACACAAAAAUCUAUCUUAGGAUAUCCAUUUGUAAGUUUAAAAUCAUUCUGCGAUGGACCUGUUGACAACUCUACAGGAAUUCCGUAUUUUUAUAUGACCAGCAUGGAUGUAUCUGGUAAAGAUUUAGAUAAAAAUAAUAGUGUUACAAUUAUGGCAUCCUUGGCUGAAGUAGAUUUUUGCUCAGAAAAAGCGUAUGAUCCUCAGGAUCCUAGAUGCCCCAAAGUUAUCAUUACCGGAAAGUUUGUAAAGUUACCAGAAUCAGGUUCAGAGUAUGCAUUUGCUAAAGAAUCUUUGUUCGAAAGACAUCCUGAGAUGCGUUUAUGGCCUCUAGAUCAUGACUUCUACGUGGCCAAAAUCGACAUGGAUCAAAUCUGCGUGCUGGACUUCUUCGGCGGCAUCAAAUACGUCAGCCUGAGCGAUUAUUUCAACCCGAACUAUACUGGCGCCAUCAAUUACGAUUCGCACUUGCGAAGGGUAUCAGUGGAACACAUUAGCGGCGACAUGUGAUGACAGGCGACCUCUAGCGAUAACGUGCGGACGUCCGAAACCAUUGUGGCGCGUGAAAUGUUAGAACGGGCCCAUUCUGGUGUAAUUGCGUAAGGAUAUCGCUUAAUUGUGUUGGACACUGUAAAUUUACGCACGAAAUAUAUUUAAUACUUAAUAUCAUA